UGAGGUCGCGCUUUUGAGUAGAAGACACGGUUGAUGGUUUCUGCAUGAUAUACAUUAACAAAGAUAUCAAAUAAUGGAAUGCUUUGAAAUAGGGGCUUUAUGGGUAAUGGUCACUAUAAUAUGCAUUCAUGCUGAUACCUCUGAAGAUGGAAUCCAAGCUGAAUGUCUUGGAAAUAGAGUACAGUUUAUCCUCCCCGGUUCUUUGAGUGCAGGAAGUCCUUUAGAGGUGUAUGCAGUCAAUAAUACGCAUACAGUCCUUGUCACACCUCACCUGGCGGCUCAGUGUGGCUAUACACAGAAAUCUGAUCCUUGGGGAAAUACGAUAGUGUCAGCUUCCCUACAGAGUUGUUUUGCAGAGAACCAGGGUGACAAGGAGUUUAAAGUAGCCAUGCAGUUUAAACUGUAUGAAAUCCCCACGCUAUCGGAGAAAGUCCAUGAAGUGUUCAAGUCCUGCAGUCACACCAUGAUUUCACGAGAGAUUUUGUGUGAGACGAACUUCAUGGAGGUAUCCGUAAGGAAUGCGUUACCAGAAAUCAAGAUUGAACCAGUAAAAGAGUGGCCCACAGUUAUACCUAACUUGCAACUUUGGAAAAUCCUACUGUACACCCCUGAAGAGAAGGCUUUUGAUGAAGACGCCCUACAAGAGAUGGGCUACAGUGUUUACAGUUCUCCUACACGACUGGUCAUGCGAAGCCCAUUCGACAUGGCUGAAACCUUUAUUCAAAAUGUUGACAAUGUUGAUAUGAUGGUGUUCAAAUCAGUGGUCCUGUUCCGAGACCGCUGGGUCAUGACUAUUGUGGAGUCGGCAGCUGCCUGUCCAAUCAAUGGAGCUUCUGUUGUGGGUCAGAUGAUUUAUUGGCACGUUCCUCUGCGCAUAACCCCUUUGGUGUCAUCGGAAGUUGAAAUCCAGGAGGUGCACUUGGGCGUUAAUGGCAGAAGGUUCACAACUGAAGAGAUGGGCAGCCGUAACUAUGUCAUGGCCAUCACAGAUUCCCAUAUCGUUGUUGAGAUUCCCAUUGGGGCUGCUGAUGGAUACUACAAGAGUCAUGUUCUUAAUGACCAGUACCAUGUCAGUUACAACAUAGAACCCAUGCUUGAGGUACUGUGGAAGGAGGGCCUGGAUAAGACCUCAUAUAAGGUCUUGUUCCCCAUCACCACCCCUUUGACACCAUGGCCGCUCCAAGUUAUAGACUACACUCAGCCCAAGCAGAAGGUGUUUGAUUUAUUGCUGGGUUACUUCCUACCUGAUGUGGAGCUGCUGAAUAUCACCUUUGUCUCUGAAUUGCUCACUGUCUCGGAGAUCAUCAAUAAAGGCAUUGUCCUGCAUGAGCAAAGCUUUUCCAACGACACCAAAGCCUUUACUCUCCAGGUUCCCUUCUCUGAUCCUCAAGUCCAAAUAAAGAAUUUUCGCCUUGAUGUAACGACCUACACACUUCCUCUUGUCUUUGGUUUCGUCAUCAUGCCCGAACAUACGGCAUUUGCACACUCCAUAGUACUAGAAGCUUCUUUAGCUGACAUUGUCCUUCCACAACCAGAAGGAAGUUGCUAUGAGGACUACUUCAACAUUUAUGUCAAAUAUGGGACCACCCCAAGUUCCCAAAUAAAGAUCAAACUGGGACAAAUGGAGCUGAAUAAUAAGAUUUUGCAGCAAUAUCAGCAUCAUUCAAAUGAAACCCAUUUUGACAUUAUUGUGCCAUUCCUGUCCCCGGUUGUGGCUUUUGAGUCUGUUCAGUUGGCUGGAAUCAUGGGAAGACUUGACGUGGAAAUUUACGAUUCCUUGAAUAACUGGAGUAUCAGAGAGUUCUCUCUUGCCUGCCCCUUUUUUGUAAAAUUGUCAGAGUGUUUUUCUAAUGGAACGAUUACGGUGGUAUUUCCCAAACUGGAAUCGGUACCACAUCUUCAUCCCGGUGAACUCUCUCUAAGAGACCCGGCCUGCAAACCCUACGACAGUGAAGACUACUUUGCUUAUUUCCACUUUAAUGUCACCAGUUGUGGAACCACACGGAAGUUUGUUGGGGAUACCAUGAUAUACGAGAAUGAAGUCACCAGGAAGAAAGAUGAACCUUUGUCACAGACCUCCGAAAACCCUGAGCCAGAAUACAGGUUCAUGGUGUCCUGCGUUUAUAUCGCAAACGGCAUCCAAAGCAUGAGCUUCGACACGGUUUCACACUUUAAGGAGCCGUACGCAGAUGUUGGGAAGGGUGAACUCACUAUUAGCCUGAGGCUUUCUAAGGAUAUGGUUUACCGACUCUUCUAUCAUGAUGGUGACUACCCAGUUUUAAAGUUUCUGAAACAGCCUCUCUAUUUUGAGGUGGGUAUGAAUCACUCCAGGGACUCCAGGUUAGCAGUAGCCCUGGGAAAUUGUUGGGCGACACUCACCGAGGACAAAGAAUCCAAACCUAGAUGGGAUUUAAUAGUUGAUGGAUGUGCCAAUCCUAAAGAUCCUGAACAGACCAUCAUCCAUCCUGUAGUCGCAGAUGAGAGAGUGGACAUCCCAGAUCACUUCAAAAGAUUUGAGGUUAAAACAUUUACUUUCACAGAGGAUGAUGAGAGUUCUAAAAGUGAGAAUGCCACAUUGGCCAGAAGGGUAUUCGUUCAUUGUGACGUCGUUAUUUGUCAUGCCAAGAACACUGCUGAUGGGCGUUGUUACAAACAGUGUGAGGCGGCUCAGAAUCUGAUUGGUAGCAGCUCAAGUCGAGUUCGCAGAAGUCCAAGCUUUUCAGAGGAAGCGCUGCAGCAUGUGUCUAUAGGUCCCAUUCUGUUGCUGUAAACCUGUAAGUUUUACAUUUCCAAAUUAUCACAGGAAAUGUACUUGACUAAUUCUGAAGGCAUCAACACAAGGAUAUUUCUGGUUUUGUACACCACUUGGUGCAACUUGAAACUCAAAUUAUGUCAUAUAGCUGAUG